AACGAUAAUAAUGAGGAAGAGGAUGACAUUAACUGUAACGAUAAUGAUGACGAAGAUGAAGAAGAUGAAAACAAUGAUGAGUAUAUCAUAAUAAAUGAAUCUAGUAAUCAACAUAAUAUUAACAAUGGCGGAAAGAAUGAUCUUGUUAACCAGAACGAUAAUAAUGAGGAAGAGGAUGACAUUAACUGUAACGAUAAUAAUGAGGAAGAGGAUGACAUUAACUCAGAAAUAUCAUUAAGGGAAAAACAGAAACAGCAAUCCUCAAAAACAGAAAUAUCACCGCCGCAAAAGCCAUCGAAGUUAAAAUUCCCAAGAUUAGAUGCCGGUAUUUCAAUAAAAGAUCACCUAUAUAUUACAACACGCUCUGACGGCAUUGCAUCUCUUCGGCGACCACAAAUUGAUGAUAUUGUCUUCGGUCAAGAUAAAAAAGCCGCGAAAUUGCAUAAUAACCCUCAAAAAAAUAACAAUAACGAAAGAAAUGAUCCUCCAAAGGAAUUAACCCGGAAACAAAAGAAAGAGCACCCAGAAGCAGAUUACAUACUGUCAGCUGUGUUGGUUGCAAAUGUCAUACUUAGAGAAGCCACCACUGGACCUGGAUGGUUUGACAUGCCAAAACCCGAACUCACACCAGAAUUAAAACGAGAUCUUCAAGUUGUGAGAUUACGUAACGUCCUUGAUCCAAAACAUUUCUAUAAAAAAGAAGAUUCGAAACAAUUGCCAAAGUAUUUCCAGGUUGGCACAAUAAUAGAAGGACCAACAGAAUUCUAUUCUUCACGGUUACCACGUAAACAACGAAAGCAAACUAUCGUUGAAGAGCUGAUGGCCGAUGAAGAAGCAAGAUCAUAUUACAAACGCAAAUUCUUGGAUAUUCAAGAGACGAAACAAAGUGGCGGUAAAAACUAUUAUAAGAAUUUGAAAAAAAGACGGAAACCAAAUUGGGAAAGGAACUCUUGA